AUGAAAUUACUGUUGUGUCGAUAUUGGAGAGGAGGCUGUACUGAGGGGGACGAUACAAUCCAUUCAAGAAUUAAAGGAGUGAGACAAGGAACAUGUAUGGAGAAAAGGUAUAUCAGUUUGAAUAAAAUAAAUACAAAUGAGAAUCAUUCAAAAAUGGAUAUAAAAACUUCUACUCUUGAGAUAAUGGAAAGGGAUAGUUUUCCAAUAGAUAUAAGUACAGGAAAUGGAAGACAAAAAAAAACUUCAUUUCAUCGUCAAAUCGAAAAAUGUAAAAAUUAUUUCUUCCAUUUUGAUUAUGCAAAUCCUCAUUUUUACAAAAGUAAGAAGAUUGAGUCUCAGAUGGAGGAAUCCUUAAGAACCCAUUUUAGAAGCAAUGUUGUUUAUUCAAAGUCUCGUAUACAUUCAGAAUCAACAAAUAAGGGCUCAUUAAAUUUUCUCAUAAAAGAAAAAUUUGAUAAAACCGGAAGUAGUUUAACACAUGAAGGAGAAAAACAAAAAAAAAAAAAAAAAAAAGUAUCCUUCAUUCAGGAGGCAGAAAAAAACUCUAUUUGCAAUAGUAAUCAAAUAAGUACCCACAUUGACAUUAUAUCGAAUGUUACAAGAGACAAAAUAUGCCAUAGAAAAAAAAAAGUAAGAAACACAAAAUGUACGUACCAUGUGUUUAUGCCAUGUUUGAAUUAUACUUUGUGUCGAUUUAUUAAAACUAUAAAUAAAACGUACAGCUGCAAUAGUAAACAAACCGGUGCUAGUAAUAAAAAUGACAAUGGUGAAGUGUUCAAAAAGACAUACAGUGACAUAUGGAUGAGUUCUUUUAGUGCAUCUUCAUCAUGUGAUGAAUUCACAAUGGUGCAAAUGUACCCACACGUGGAAAAAAGACUUAUCACCAGCAAAAAGCACAUCGAUAUGGUGAAAAAGAGAGGAAUACUGCUUGCAGGACAUGGUCAAGUAGGGAAUCAAAAGAGGGUGCGAUUUUUGUUACAAAAUGGGAGUAUCGUUAUGUCUGGACAUGACAACGAAGAUGUUCACGCGGGAGGUGCGGAAGUGCAUGUGGGAUGUGGAGAAGUUCACUCGGAAGGUGGAGAAGUUCACUCGGGAGAUGGAGAAGUUCGCACAGGAUGUACAGAUUUCAUUUUCACCAAUUCAUACUUUCAUGUGGAUCAUAGGGAUGGUGCCCAUAAUAAGGUCAACUUCUCGACAGGAGGAAUAAACAGGAGCGAGAUAGAUGUACAUGACGAAAUUGAGUCGUAUGCCAUAAGUUUUGGUAGAGAGGACACGUCUAAUGCAGAUACUAAUAGAAUCGAAAAUGACUACGAACUGACAUGCAUCGAUCUGGAUAUGUACAUGGAUGUUUUUAGAGAAAAUUUUGAGAAUUCGACCCUGAUCGAUGACAUAACAGAUUUGCAACCAAUUCAUUUGGCAACGAAAGAGGGAAAUAUAGAAUUAAUAAAAAAACUUUUAAGAUCAGGAAUAUACAUAAACAGUAAAACUAGAAUAAGGAGAUUUACACCUUUGCAUUUAUCAGCAUCGAAAGGGGACUUGGAUUCUGUCAAAUUUUUAAUUGACCACGAUGCCGAUAUUAAUGCACUCUCAUCUGAUAAUGAAACUCCGCUGUGGUGUGCAUCCAUAUCUAAUCAUUUGGAAGUAUGCAAAUAUUUUUUACAAAAUGGUGCAUUACCAAAUUUAAGUAUAGGAAAAAAAUAUGACUCUCCUUUACAUGCUGCUUCAAUGAUGGGUAAUUUCGAAAUAGUAAAAUUAUUAAUCGAAAAUGGAGCUGACAUAACAUGCUUAGAUUUGAAUUCAUUGGAACCUGUUCACUAUGCAUCAUUUGAAGGGCAUAAAGGAAUUGUGAAAUAUUUGAUUCACAAACAAAUUGAAAAAUCACUUGAUAAAAAAAUGCAAGAAAUUGUAAAGAUUAUGAAAAAAUAUAAUGUACAUACAAAAACAUUAGAAGAACAUUAUAGGUUAAAAUAUAAAUCCAUUUUUAAAAAAAGAAUAACCAGUAAAAUUUUAUGUUGUGCUAUUACCUCUGGAAAUUAUAAAAUAGUUGAAAUUAUUUUAAAAAGAGGCGCUGAUCCAAAUUAUUUUGAUUUACGUUUACAACUAUUUCCUAUCCACGCAGCUGCCAUAACUGGAAAUCUAAAAAUAUUUCAGAGCUUAGUAAAAAGAGGUGCAAAUAUAUAUGCAAAAACAGCUCGUAAUAAUUUGCCAAUAGAUUUAACAGAGAAUAAGGAAAUAAAAAGAUUCAUUCUACAACACUCAAGAAAAAUUAAUUUAAGAAAUGCUUGGCUUAUCAGACGUACAAAAAAAAAUUAUAUAUUUUCUCGUUUGUCCCACGAUACCUUUUAUCAUGUUUGCACAUUUUUAUGA